AUGACUAUCGACUCGGCGUUUAAGCCCGCGCUUAUCAUCGUCGAUUUCCAAGAGGAUUUCUGCCCGCCGAAUGGCUCCCUCGCAGUCCCGGAAGGCCGCGACAUCGCGCCCGUCAUAAACGCCCUCCUCACACUCCCCUUCGCCAUCAAAAUCGCCACCCGCGACAACCACCCCCGAAACCACAUCUCCUUUGCAGAGAACCAUCCCGGCGCCGUCGCCCUACAAUCACACCACACCAUCGUGCACCCCAGCGACCCGACAAAAAGCGACACGACGCUCCUCUGGCCAACGCACUGCGUCCAAGGAACAACCGGCUCACACCUCGUACCUGAGCUUGACGUGGGGAAGAUCGACGUCGUUGUGGACAAGGGCAUGGACGCGAGGGUGGAAAUGUACUCUGCGUUUCAUGACCCGAUGAGGGUGAGCGUGAGCGGGCUGGGGGGGAGGUUGAAGGAGGAGGGCGUGACGGAUGUGUUUGUGGUUGGGCUGGCGGCGGAUUAUUGCGUGCGGGCGACGGCGGAGUCGGCGGUGGAGGAAGGAUAUAGGACGUUUGUUGUGGAGGAGGGGACGAGGCCUGUGAUGAGGGAGAGUUGGGAGGCCGAGGGGAAGAAGGUUGUUGAGGGGAAGGGGGUGAGGAUUGUGAGUGUGGAGGGAGAGGAGGUUGCGAGGGUGAGGGAGUUGGCAUGA